AUGGCGAAGUCACUUUUGGCCUACCUUGCAAUCCUGCUGUCAUCGAAGACAGUCCUUGCUGCACCAGCUCUGUCAAGCAGUGAAACGGAUGCUCCUAGAAAAUCCACAAAUGGCUAUAUUGGGCUAAAUCCCGCUUCAUCAAAGCACGAGACCGGCGGCGAGCAAUAUGUUGUAUUGUUCAAGCCUGGCGCGAGCAAGAAACGGUCUUUAUCGGUCAAUUCGCACAUCGCCAAAGUUCUGGCUGACCUCGAUUUAACUCCAGAGAAUGACGAUGUAACGCACGUUUUUAAUGGCUCCUUGGUCAAUGGUUUCGCCGCGAAUAUGAAGUCCCACUGUAUCGAUGCGCUGAACGCGAUGGAUGACGUCGAUGUCGUGGAGAAAGUCAUAGAGAUCAAGAAGUCGCAAAUGCCCAGUAUACAAGUUUCCACAGACAAUCAGUCGACUUGGGGUUUACAAGCAAUUUCGUCUACACCUCAACCGAUUACGAACGUAACUGGCUUUAGCCAUGACUAUUCUUUCCAGGCAGACAGCACUCUCGGAGCUGGAGUGGACGUUUACGUUCUUGAUACGGGGAUAAAUACCGCACAUGUAGUCUUCCAGACGAACAGUGGCUCUCGAGCGGACUUGCAGUCGAUUCUUUCCUCACAAGUCGAUGAUGAGGGCCAUGGCACUCACGUCUCUGGUACCAUCGGUGGAGAAACAGUGGGAGUUGCACCUGGAGUCAGCCUUCACGGAGUCAAGAUUUUAGAUUCGACUGGGUCAGGCUCAACACAGACAAUUAUCCAAGGCCUUGAAAUUGUAGCAGAUGCACACGCUCAACGAAAAAGCCAAAAUGGUUUCAUUGCCAGUGUAGUUAAUCUCUCACUGGGUGCAACAAGAUCACGAGCCAUGAACAGCGCUGUCCGUGCAAUCACGAAUGCCGGUAUUCAUGUUGUGGUGGCUGCUGGAAACGAGGCUGAUGACGCAUGCAAUUACUCGCCAUCGUCAUUAGGAGGCUCAAAUGGGAAUGUGAUCAGUGUUGGCUCGAUUGGUCCAACAUACGCAGUCUCUACAUUCAGUAAUACAGGGAAUUGCGUUGACGUAUAUGCUCCAGGCGAGCAGAUUGUUUCCAGCUGGAUUACCUCAAAUAGGGCAUUGGAAAUAUUGCAAGGCACUUCGAUGGCGACCCCACAUGUGACAGGACUGGUUGCUUAUUUCGCGGCUUUGAAUUCGCAACUUGGCCAAAACCCUGCGGGCAUGAAGUCAUAUAUCAAGCAAAUGGCACAGACAGGUGCUAUAAGAAACAAUGGCAACUUGCUGCUUGCGAACAAUGGAUUAGCUUGA